AUGAAAGGAAAUAAAAAGACCAAAACGAGGAGACUGACGGUAAAGGAGGUCGAAGAAAAUGAAGCUAGCGCUAGCGGAGAUGACACGUCGAGCAAUGCUAACGAUGACACCGUGACUGAAGCUAACUGUGAAGAAGUCAUGGCAGAGGAAGAUAUUAAUCUAAAGAUGAUAUUUAAGGAAAUCAAAGAUUUCAGGAAAGACAAUGCGCAACAACUUAAAGAAGUGAAAGAAGAGAUACAGACGAUUAACGCUAGACUGGAGGAGGUGGAGGAUCGGGUUUCGGGCUCGGAGCAGCGGAUCCAAACAAUGGAGGACGUGAUGGGAGAGUUAUUAAAACUACAGGCAAAACUGGAAUCCCAACUCAUUGACCAAGAAGGACGUUCGCGGCGGAACAAUGUUCGGAUAUACGGUGUAAUUGAAGGCGAAGAAAAUAAUUCCCCAUCUAUGAUUGACUUUGUUGAAAAACUUUUGAAAGAAAAUCUACAGCUUCCCCCGACACUGAACCUGCAUGUGGAACGAGCACACCGGGCCUUGGCAGCCGUGCCUCCGGAUGGUGCACCACCGCGAUCAAUAAUUGCUCGCUUUUUGAAUUACAAGGUAAAAGAUGAAGUUCUCAGAAAAGCUUGGCAAUCAAAGGGAUUCCUCUGGAAGGGUAAGCAGAUCAGCUUUGACAAUGAUUAUGCACCAGAGGUACUCAAACAGAGGCAGUCCUAUAUGGAGGCGAAGAAGAUGUUAAAACAGCGAGGGAUACGGUUCCAGACCCCGUUCCCUGCAAAACUUAGAGUCUUUUACCAAGACAGAGUAAAGCUUUAUAACUCAGCUGAAGAUGCAACUAAAGACAUGAGAGAAAGAGGCUUCCCGGUUACAGUCUAUAAACCACCCGAGACUUUGCUGUCGCGGAUCAAAAAGCUAACUUGGGACACCGUCGAGAGGAAAAGAGGGACACCGCUGCACCCCGAGACCACGAGACAAGCGGCACCUUCAUCUGUCAAGGAAAGACUGCAACAAUACCGAUGGGAGCAAGCUUAA